UCCAACAUGGCCGCGCCCAUGAUUAGGAAAAAUGCAAUCAUCGUUAUUUACAUAUCUGGGUUUUUGGAUCUGUUUGGGGUGAGCAUGAUUUUACCACUGAUCACGAGCCAUGCAAGAGAUCUAGGCGCUUCACCAACUGUUUCUGGAAUACUUGGAUCCGUGUACGGUGCAUUGCAGCUGUUUACAAGCCCUCUUGUUGGACAGUGGAGUGAUGUGGCAGGGCGCAGGUUUGCCUUGCUUGUGUGCCUGUUCAUGUCUGCUGGAGGAUACUCCAUAUUUGCCAUGGCAACCUCUGUCUCUCUCAUGUUCAUUGCCAGGCUCCCUCUUGGUAUUUUCAAACACAGCCAAAACAUCAGUAAAGCCUACCUGGCUGACAUUAUCACCGACUCUGAGCAGGCAGCAGUGAUAGGCAACUUCAAUGCCGUGUCCAGUGUGGGGUUUAUUGUCGGGCCGGUUGUGGGGGGCCAUGUUGCAGAGAGGAAAGGAGGAUUUUAUCUUGUGGCCCUGCUGGCAGGGCUCAUAUUCUUUAUUAACUUUGUUCUCGUAUGGCUGAUAGUUCCAACUGAAAAGGCUCACCAUGAAAUGAAGAAAAGUCUGGCAUCCUCAACUUCACUGAAAGCUCUUCAGUCGGAUGAAAUCAACUUUAACUCAAAAACAUUUUGGCAAGCAGCUAAAGACAUGAACUGGAAAGACCUUUGGGAUUUGUACUUUAUCAAAUUUCUACUUGGUGCCUCCGUUAUUAUUUACAGAAGUAACUUUUCCCUGGUACUUGUGCAGAAAUUUGAAACUUCACCGAUAACAAAUGGUUACAUCAUAUCAUUUAAUGGGAUAGUGUCUGCUUUUGUUGGAUUAUUCACAGGGUACAUAUCAAGUUAUUAUACAAGCAAUGCAAAACUAGUGUUGCAUUUGGCAAUCAUGCAAGUUUUUACCAUGAUAAGUCUUUCAGUGUCACCAAGUUUGUGGUUGUACACAUUGUUUCUUGUACCAUUAUGUUUUGCAACAACAAUCACAAGAGUUGCUGCCACAAAAUUAAUGUUAGAAAGAGGAAAUAAAAAAGACAUCGGAAUUUUGAUGGGCUUUCAGCAAAGCUGUAUGUCGGUGGCCAGAAUGCUCGCCCCAUUGGUUGCUGGGAUUUCACAGGAAGUGACAUCAUCAGGCCCAAGCAUUAUGGGUGCUGGAUUCUCAUUGGCUGCUGUGAUUAUCAUGUGUUGGAGACCACAAGACCCAAGAGAAAGAAAGAAAUAUGAGUAACAAAUUUAUGCUUCACGUUUGUUAUGUUUGAGUAUCCGUUGGAUAUUGUUAAUGAUAUGACAAAUUAUUUUAACUUGAAACAUUUAACACUUUGUUUAACUUUCCAGAAAUAAAUUAUUUUUAUUAUAAUUUACAUGUUAUAUACAUUGUGUGCAAUUCAUGUAUAAAUCUAUGUAUAAUGCC